AUGGCGGGGGGUCGUGGGGCUCCCGGCCGCGGCCGGGACGAGCCUCCGGACAGCUACCCACAGCGACAGGAGCACGAGCUGCAGGCCCUGGAGGCCAUCUAUGGCGCCGACUUCCAGGACCUGCGGCCGGACGCGUGCGGACCGGUUAAAGAGCCCCCUGAAAUCAAUUUAGUUCUGUACCCCCAGGGUCUGGCUGGUGAAGAAGUAUAUGUAAAAGUGGAUUUGAGGGUUAAAUGCCCACCGACAUACCCAGAUGUAGUCCCUGAAAUAGAGUUAAAAAAUGCCAAAGGUCUGUCCAAUGAAAGUGUUAAUUUAUUAAAAUCUCGCCUGGAUGAAGUGGCCAAAAAGCAUUGUGGAGAGGUGAUGAUAUUUGAACUGGCUUACCACGUGCAGUCAUUUCUCAACGAACAUAACAAGCCCCCUCCCAAGUCUUUUCAUGAGGAAAUGCUGGAAAGGCGGGCUCAGGAGGAGCAGCAGAGGCUGUUAGAGGCCAAGCGGAAAGAGGAGCAGGAGCAACGUGAAAUCCUUCAUGAGAUUCAGAGAAGGAAAGAAGAGAUCAAAGAAGAGAAAAAAAGGAAAGAAAUGGCCAAGCAGGAACGUUUGGAAAUUGCUAGUUUUUCAAACCAAGAUCAUACUUCUAGGAAGGACCCAGGAGGACACAGAACUGCUAUUCCACAUGGAGGUUCUCCCGACUUCGUAGGAAAUGGUAGACAUCGGACCAACUCCUCUGGAAGAUCUAGGCGAGAGCGGCAGUAUUCUGUAUGUAAUAGUGAGGAUUCUCCUGGCUCUUGUGAAAUCCUGUAUUUCUCUACUGGUAAUACUGAUCAGCUCAUGGUGCACAAAGGAAAAUGUAUUGCCUGUGAUGAACAGCUCGGAAAACUAGUCUACAAUGCUUUGGAAACAGCCACUGGCAACUUCGUCUUAUUGUAUGAGUGGGUCCUUCAGUGGCAGAAAAAUAUCGGUCCUUUUCUUACCAAUCAAGAAAAAGAAAAGAUUGAUAAGUGCAAAAAACAGAUUCAAGGGGCAGAAACAGAAUUCAACUCACUGGUAAAAUUGAGCCAUCCCAACAUAGUACGCUACUUUGCAAUGAAUCUCAGAGAGCAAGACAACUCCAUCGUGGUGCACAUUCUGGUGGAGCACUUCAAUGGGGUCUCCCUUGCUGCACACCUGAGCCACACAGGCCCCAUCCCUGUGCACCUGCUUCGCAAGUACGCAGCUCAGCUCUUGUUGGGCCUCGAUUAUCUGCACAGCAACUCCGUGGUGCACAAGGUUCUGGGUACAUCAAGUGUCUUGGUGGACGCAGAGGGCACCAUCAAGAUUACAGAUUACAGCAUUUCUAAGCGCCUCGCAGACAUUUGCAAGGAGGAUGUGUUUGAGCAAACUCGGGUUCGUUUUAGUGACAGUGCUCUGCCUUAUAAGACAGGGAAGAAAGGAGAUGUUUGGCAUCUUGGUCUUUUGCUGCUCUCUCUCAGCCAAGGACAAGAAUGUGGAGAGUACCCUGUGACCAUCCCUAGUGACUUACCUGCUGACUUUCAGGAUUUUCUAAAGAAAUGUGUUUGCCUGGAUGACAAGGAAAGGUGGAGUCCUCAGCAGCUGUUGAAACACAGCUUUAUAAACCCUCAGCCAAAAACACCUUUACUGGAACAGAGUCCCGAAGAUUUUGGAGGACAAGAUUACAUUGAGACUGUUAUUCCUAGCAACCGGCUACCCAGUACUGCAUUCUUCAGUGAGACACAGAGACAGUUUUCCCGCUAUUUCAAUGAGUUUGAAGAAUUACAGCUUCUCGGUAAAGGAGCUUUUGGAGCUGUCAUCAAGGUGCAGAACAAGCUGGACGGCUGCUGCUACGCCGUGAAGCGCAUCCCCGUCAACCCGGCCAGCAGGCACUUCCGCAGGAUCAAGGGCGAGGUGACGCUGCUGUCGCGCCUGCACCAUGAGAACAUCGUGCGCUACUACAACGCCUGGAUCGAGAAACACGAGCGGCCGGCGGCCCCGAGCACUUCGCCCGAGGACACGGGGCCCGAGGCCCGGGACGGCCCCGCGGCAGCCCGGCCGGGGCUGGGCGGCGGCGACGCGGACGGCCCGGACAGCGUGGAGGCAGCCGCGCCGCCGCCCAUCCUCACCAGCUCGGUGGAGUGGAGCACAUCGGCCGAGCGCUCCGCCGCGGGCCAGGGCUCCAGCAGCGACGAGGACGAGGAGGAUGAGCUGGACGGCGUCUUCUCACAGUCCUUCUUACCUGCUUCAGACUCUGAAAGUGAUAUCAUCUUUGACAAUGAAGAUGAGAACAGUAAAAGCCAGAAUCAGGAUGAAGGCUGUAAUGGGAAGAAUAGUUGCCAUGAAAGUGAGUUAUCGGUGACCACUGAAGCUGUGCACUACCUCUACAUUCAGAUGGAGUACUGUGAAAAGAGCACUUUACGUGACACCAUUGACCAGGGACUGUAUCAGGACACCAACAGGCUCUGGAGGCUUUUUCGAGAGAUUCUGGAUGGACUGGCUUACAUCCAUGAGAAAGGAAUGAUCCACCGGGAUUUGAAGCCUGUCAACAUUUUUUUGGAUUCCGACGACCACGUAAAAAUAGGUGAUUUUGGUUUGGCGACAGACCAUCUACCCUUUGCUGCUGAUGGCAAACAAGAUGAUGCAGCAGGAGAUCACUUAAUUAAAUCAGAUCCUUCAGGUCAUUUGACUGGGAUGGUUGGCACUGCUCUGUAUGUAAGCCCAGAAGUCCAAGGAAGCACCAAAUCUGCGUACAACCAGAAAGUGGAUCUCUUCAGCCUGGGAAUCAUCUUCUUCGAGAUGUCCUAUUACCCCAUGGUCACGGCCUCAGAAAGGAUCUUUGUUCUCAACCAACUCAGAGAUCCCACUUCGCCUAAGUUUCCAGAAGACUUCGAUGAUGGAGAGCAUACAAAGCAGAAAUCUGUCAUCUCCUGGCUGCUGAACCACGACCCCGCAAAGCGGCCCACCGCCACAGAACUGCUCAAGAGCGAGCUGCUGCCGCCGCCGCAGAUGGAGGAGUCGGAGCUGCACGAGGUGCUGCACCACACGCUGGCCAACGUGGACGGGAAGGCCUACCGCACCAUGAUGGCCCAGAUCUUCGCCCAGCGCGUCCCGCCUGCCAUCGACUACACCUACGACAGCGACAUACUGAAGGGCAACUUUUCGAUCCGUAUAGCCAAGAUGCAGCAGCAUGUAUGUGAGACCAUCAUCCGCAUCUUUAAAAGACACGGAGCUGUCCAGUUGUGUACCCCUCUGCUGCUUCCCCGAAAUAGGCAAAUAUACGAGCACAACGAAGCCGCCUUAUUCAUGGACCACAGCGGGAUGCUGGUGAUGCUUCCUUUCGACCUGAGGGUUCCUUUUGCAAGAUACGUGGCAAGAAAUAACAUACUGAAUUUAAAACGGUUCUGCAUAGAACGUGUGUUCAGACCUCGCAAAUUAGACCGAUUUCAUCCCAAAGAACUUCUGGAAUGUGCGUUUGAUAUCGUCACCUCCACCACCAACAGCUCUCUGCCCACUGCUGAAGUCAUCUACACCAUCUACGAAGUCAUCCAAGAGUUCCCAGCCUUGCAGGAAAGAAAUUACAGUAUUUACUUGAACCAUACCAUGUUAUUGAAAGCAAUACUCUUACACUGUGGGAUCCCAGAAGAUAAACUCAGUCAAGUCUACAUUAUCCUGUAUGACGCCGUGACAGAAAAGCUGACGAGGAGAGAAGUCGAAGCUAAAUUUUGCAAUCUGUCUUUGUCUCCUAAUAGUCUGUGUCGACUCUACAAAUUUAUUGAGCAGAAGGGAGAUUUGCAAGAUCUGACACCAACAAUAAAUUCAUUAACAAAACAGAAAACAGGCGUUGCCCAGCUGGUGAAGUAUGGCUUAAAAGAUCUAGAGGAGGUUGUUGGGCUGUUGAAGAAACUUGGCAUAAAGUUACAGGUUUUAAUCAACCUGGGCCUGGUUUACAAGGUGCAGCAGCACAGCGGCAUCAUCUUCCAGUUUGUGGCGUUCGUCAGACGGAGGCAGAGGGCUGUCUCUGAGAUCCUCGCAGCUGGUGGCAGAUAUGACCUGCUGAUUCCCCAGUUUAGAGGACCGCAGGCUCUGGGGCCAGUUCCCACUGCCGUUGGGGUGAGCAUAGCGAUAGACAAGAUAUCUGCUGCUGUCCUCAACAUGGAAGAACCUGUUUCAGUAAGCUCUUGUGACCUCUUGGUCGUAAGUGUUGGCCAGAUGUCCAUGUCCAGGGCCAUCAACAUAACCCAGAAACUCUGGACAGCGGGAAUCACAGCGGAAAUCAUGUAUGACUGGUCACAGUCCCAAGAGGAACUACAGGAGUACUGCCGACAUCAUGAAAUCACCUAUGUGGCCCUUGUGUCGGAUAAAGAAGGGAGCCAUGUCAAGGUAAAGUCUUUUGAGAAGGAAAGGCAAACAGAGAAACGUGUGCUGGAGUCUGAUCUUGUGGAUCACGUUGUGCAGAAACUGAGGACUAAAGUCAGUGAUGAAAGGACCGUCAGAGAAGCUUCUGAUAAUAUCGCAGUACAAAAUCUGAAGGGGUCAUUUUCUAAUGCUUCAGGUCUGUUUGAAACGCACGGAGCAGCCGUUGUCCCCACUGUGACUGUGAUGGCCCCGGAGAAACUGUCCGCCAGCACCAAGCGGCGGUAUGAAACUCAGGUACAAACCCGACUGCAGACCUCCCUUGCCAACUUACAUCAGAAAAGCAGUGAAGUUGAAAUUUUGGCUGUGGAUCUACCCAAAGAAACCAUCUUACAGUGUUCAUCAUUAGAGUGGGAUGCUGAUGAACAGGCCUUUGACACAAGUGUGAAGCAGCUGCUGUCACGCCUGCCAAAGCAAAGACAAAGAUACCUGAAAGUAGUCUGUGAUGAAAUUUGUAACAUCAAAGUAGGAAAAAAGGUGUCCGUGCUAUUCCUAUACAGCUACAGAGAUGACUACUACCGAAUCUUAUUUUAA